AUGCAGGAAUUUGAAUGGGAUGGUGCGGUUAUCGGUGCUCCAGCUAUUCGGUAUGGCCAGCAGCAAGUAAAUCACCUGUUUCCGCAGGUUGUCCAGAAGACCAUGAACUACGUCCCUUCAUACUGCGAGCUGGAGAAGAUUGUGAACCUCACAAUCUCUGCUUGUGACUCCUUGGAGGGUAGAGCGGACGGUAGAGCGGACGGGGUUGUUGGCAGAACGGAUCUCUGCAAAUUGCACUUUGACUUCAAUUCGACGAUCGGACAAAAGUACGACUGUGCUGCGAGCUCCGGAUCCAGCUUUGGCAAGCGACAGAUGGCCUCCGCUGCCAGCCCUGCCCAGAACGGAACCAUCACCGCCGAAUGUGCCGCACUUGCAAGCGCUAUUUACAACGGCCUUCAUGACAGCGAUGGUCGUCGUGCCUACUUCUGGUAUCAGCUUGGUUCUGAGGUGUCGGAUGCUGAGACUGACUAUGACUCGACCACAAGAAAGUGGAUCAUUGAUAUCUCUGAGCUGGGCGGCGACUGGGUGACUCGCGGCGUAGAGCUUCUCGAACUGGAUAACCUCUCUACCUUGGAUGGUAUUACCUACGACACUCUACGAGACUGGAUGCUGGAAGGUUUGCAGCGGUAUGAGGAUGUCUUGUUGACCACCUGGUCUGACUUGAGUCCAUUCCAGCGGGAUGGUGGUAAAAUCAUCACCUACCACGGCGAAUCGGACAACAGCAUCCCUCCAGCCCUCGUCUGGCACCAGCUCUCUGAACGACUGGUACCGUCUGUUCUUGGUCCCCGGACUUCUCACUGCAAUACCAACAACCUCCAGCCCAACGCUCCUUUCCCGCAGACCAGCUUGGGAUCGUUGAUCGAAUGGGUCGAGAAAAAGGAGAUGCCAGUUACAUUGAAUUCUACUAUCCUGAGUGGUACGAACCAGGGCGAGCAGCAACAAUUGUGUGCCUGGCCACUACAUCCUCUGUGGAAAAACGAUGGCAAGACCAUGCAUUGCGUGUCUGAUCAAAAGUCGUACGAUACUUGGAUCUAUGAUCUGGACGCAUAUCCACUACCCGUCUAUUAG